AUAAAUUUCCGUUCUUCCCGCGGAUUCAAUGGAAAUAAUCGUAGAAUCACUAGAAUGGGUCCAAAAAGGAGAGCAGUUGAGUCUAAUGGAACAUUGAACGAUAUUAAAAAAGAAAAAAAUCCCGAAGCAGAUCACGAACUUUUUUUGCAAGCUUUUGAAAAACCAACUCAAAUUUACAGAUAUUUAAGGACGAGAAGCCUUGUCUUGCCUGUCUUCUUACCAAGGACUCUAACUUAUAUGAGACAUAGAAGAUCUGUUUCAAAUAGCAAAAUAAAAACCUUUAAAGUUGAUUCCAUACUAGGCUCUGUGGAGGCUAAAUUAGAAAAGGAUGCAGUCCGGAGGAGGUUAAGACACGAAACUUUACAGUUGUCAUUUUCUGGAUUUCAUAUAGCAGAUUUUGCAACAGAAGCUGAGUUUGCUGAUGUGGAAGUUUUACUUCUAAGAAUUUGUCAGAAAAAACGAAAAGAAUCCUGUAUACCUAUAGUACCAAUCACCUUAGCCAAGCUGCGUGUGCCAGUCAACCCAAAGCCUUUAGCUGUCUACCCUGACCAAGUGCUCGAGAUUCCCAGCGAAACCUUCACUUACAAAAAUGGGCACACAGUCAGGUCACAUGUGUUGUUGUUUAAAGUCCAGUGUGCCACCCUUAGAGAAGCAAGCUCCGUUGGAAUGAAUGGAGACAACCACUCUCCAAGUGAGCCACCAAUUAAACGUCGUAGAAAUGGUCGAAUAUCUUCACUGGAAGAAGAAAUUUUGACAUUCUGUAGAGAGCUGGUAGUGUAUGACAAAAAUAAAGUCUGUCUACUAACUCAAGGCAAAUAUGAACUUGGUGUGCAGACCUCCGAGGGGAGUGAGAAGCUCAAAUUGAACAAAGUGUGGGAAUCCUUCACUGGGAAGAAUGUCAGACCACUAGAGCUUUUCACUGAUUUUCCAACUCUCAAGUUCAACUUAGCCUGGAUAGACAGUGAUGAGAACUGUAAAAAAUGUCAGUCUGAGAAUGUUUCACAGUCACGUGUUCCUCCCCCACGCAGCGAUCUCUUAAACGGAACCUCUGAUUUCUCAGCGGCUUUUGAGAAAUGUAAGGCUUAUCAGAGUGGUGUAAUCAAAGGGGCCAAAUCAGAAUACAACGGUGCCAAGUCAAGAGUGGACAGGGACACAGAAGGGCAAAUUACACCCAGAAAACGCAUGCGUGUGUUUUAUCAGUUCACACACAAUGACUGCACCCAGCAGGAAACAGAGGCUCGGGAUGAUCUCCGCUGCCCAUGGUGCUGUUUGUCAUGCCAGCAGCUGUACAGCUUGUUGAAACAUCUUCGCCUGUGUCACUCCCGUUUCAACUUUCUGUUCAUUCCACAUCCUAAAGGUGCCAGAAUAGAUGUUUCUUUAAAUGAACGCUAUGAUGGUUCUUAUGUAGGCAAUCCUCAAGAUAUUCAUUCCCAUGUGGGUUAUGCAUUUAGCAGAAGUACUCCUGUGAGACGAACUCCUAUAACACAUGUUAUAGUUUACAGACCUAAGCGUCCUCCCUUUUCAUUAGCUGAGUUUCAAGAACUAGAAUCAGAUAGUAUACUAAAUAGACAACUUAUACAAGGUCACAACAGACUGUACUUUCACACUGGGACCUGUCAGCCUGUACUACCACAAGAGCUGGACACAGAAGGAAGAGAAGAGUCUAAGCCAAGAUGGUUGCGACAGAAGACAAUCAUGAUGAUAGAUGAGUUCACUGAUGUCAACGAGGGUGAAAAGGAACUGAUGAAGAUGUGGAACUUGCAUGUCAUGGAUAAAGAGUACAUUGGUGACUGCAUGGUGCCUCAGGCCUGCUUCACUUUUGUGGCUGAGCAUGGGGCACAGAUCGUUCAGAAAAAUUUGUGCCGAAACUUUUUGCUGCACUUGGUGAAUCUGUUUGACUUCAGCCUGAUACGCCCGGAGAUUGUGCAAAGAGCUUACGCCAUGCUUGAGACUCUCCGUCAUGAAUUGGGCUCCCAUACAAAAAAACCUGAGACUUGAUCUCCAUCUGAACUUAGUUUAUAGGCAGUCACAGAGAAAACCAAAGUGGACUUUUUUUCCCUGCGCAGAAUGUCACAGUUUUUUUGUUCUAUGUAUAUUGCUUGUUAAUUGUGAAUAACUUAGUUUAAAAUUUUUUUAUUUUUUUUUUUGGUGGUAUUUAGUUUAACCUAAUUUUGUAAUAUACCUAAUUAGAUAGGAAGUAUAAGAGAUGGUCUAUAGUGAAAAAAGCCUUAUGUAUUUAUCGUCAAUCCCAUAGUGCCAUGUUGAAAAAGAUUUUUAAUAGAAAAUUUAUUUAAUGUUUACCCUUAGUUAUUCCCCCUCUCCCCCCUUUUUUUUGUGUUGCUGCUGUGAGUUCACUUGAAUUAAAAAACAACUGUAAAGGAAGACAGUGUGUUUAUUUACAGACUAUACCAGAUGUUUGCUGCGAGAGAGAGAGAGUUCUAGUUCUAGAUGUAUGAAAGAAGAAAAUGUGAUCCUGUUGUAUUUGUGAUGUUAUCUUCCAAUAUUGUGCCUGAUUCAUUCUCUUGUGAUGUUAUUCACUAGUGUCUGUGAAUAAUGUUUUUACAGGCACUCUGGUCUGGAGUAGCUCCACAUUUUGUGAAUGGAGCUGCUUCAUGUAUGAGCUCAAUUAGUUUGAAGUAGGUCCUACUUGACACAUCUGGGUUUUUUGAUAGUUUUGAAGUUUGUCCUACUUGAUACAUGUCUGGGUUUUUGAUAGUUUUGAAGUAAGUCCUACUGGACAUACCUGGGUUUUUGAUAGUUUUGAAGUAGGUCCUACAUUACACCUCAAGUGGCUUUGAGUAGUGUAUAUCUCAAGUUUCCAUCAUAAGUCUGACAUUGUUGACACUAUAUUAACUUAAAUGGCAAGAUUUUUAAGUGCAUUCCUAAUCCUGUCUGUGUGGUAUUGUAUAUACAUUGAACACCAAGGGGCUUACAAUCAACUGCAAGUCUUCAAAAGUUGAACAUAUUUUAGAGUUUUUAGACGUCAUUUUCUUGUGUUUGAAUCUAUCACUAGAAUUCUAUUUUUAGAACAACUGAAAAGAUGUAUAUUAUUUAAUUAAUCAAAAUCUUGUGGUUAGGCUCGUGUUGGCAAUGUGUCCAUGUGUUUAUAAUUUUUUAAAUGUAAAAAUGUAUAAAAUUUUUGCUUUCAUUGUUGGAGCAUUGUAUUUAUUGUUACUAUGUUGACUAUUGAAGCUACAUUUUUAAGGCUGGGAUGGUCAUUCUACUGUUUCUAAUUCCUGUCAGCCCAAUGGUCAAGUUCAGUUUCUUGUUUGCAUGUCAGCAGGAUUAGCUCCUAUUUAUUUACUGUCACAUUUUUAUUUUGCUCUUAUUUCACUAUCUAUCAGUAUAUCAGAUGUCAAGUUUUAUUGCCUAUAUGGCCCCUGACCAUUGCAGUUUUAAUACUGCCAGCAUUAGUCAUUAUCUUUAUUCUGGGGCCAUAGUCACUCAGGCCUAUUUAUUUCAUCAAGUUGUGUGUUGGUUCAUUCCUAAGGCAGCACACUGUUGGCCCACCAAGUCAUAAUGCUGUUAUUGUCAUCUUGGUGUAUUUAGCUCUAAUAUAUUAAGUUACAAAACAUUGACUGCAUGAAUGAGUUAUGAUUUUAUUUUUACAAAGACAUUGUCAUGCAUGUUACUAUUAAUCUUUUGAAAUCAUUGUACUUUUUUUUUUUUGUAUAUCAUAGUACUUACUAUCUUUUGAAAUCAUAUUAAUUGUAAUUGAAUGUGGGAAAACAUGAAUUUUGAAUUAGUGAGGUUGAGGCCUAGUGAGGUUCAACAAAUUGUACAGAUUUCACCUGAAUGUGUACUUGGACUGAAUAAAGGGAAGACUGUGUACACUUA